GAGCGGGGGAAAAGCGGGAAAAAAUCGGGAGCAAACUCCGGGAGAGGAGGGAAGGAAGGAGGCAGGGCGGUUAUUCACGGCUCUGGAAUGCGCCGGGAGGCGGCGGGGGAGCCCCGGGGGGCUCUGGAAAAGGGGUGGGAUGACACCCGCAGCUCCAGGAGGGACAAAAUCCCGGGAUUGCCCUCCCAAGUCCCCGGGAGAUGGGGUCUGUCCCUCCCUGGGCACCCAAAAAUGUCACCUGGAGCUCCCCCAGAGCCAGCGGGGCGCUUUUGCCACCCCUCAGCUCCCGAUGGGGUUUAUUCCAGACAAAUUCCCGCCGGGAAUGGCAGGGCUGGGAAUGGAGGGCAGGGGAAUUGGCCUGCGAGGCUCAGACAAAGGGGUCUGGCUGCCAGCUGCUGGGAAUUCGGAGCGGGAAGGAACCUCUGGAGCGCCCUGGAAAAGUCACCGAGAGGGGAAUGAGGAGACGCGAGGAUGAGGCCUCUGCUGGGCGUCCUGGCGCUGGUGACGCUCCUGUCCCCAGGCCUGGCCUGUCCCACGCCGUGCUCCUGCUCCACCAAGAAGAACGGGCGGCUGCUGGCCGAGUGCGCCUACCGCGAGCUGCGGGACGUGCCGCGGGGCCUGUCCCCGAAUGUCACCAUCCUCACGCUCUCCGCCAACCGCCUGGGCCGCCUGGGCCGCGCCUCGCUGGCCGAGGUGCCCGAGCUGCAGUCGCUGUGGCUGGGCUACAACCACAUCUCCUCGGUGGAGCCCGGCGCCUUCGCCGCCCUGCCGCACCUCAAGAACCUGGACCUGAGCCACAACCGGCUGGCGGAUUUCCCCUGGCAGGACCUGCGCAACCUCAGCGCGCUGCAGAUCCUCAAGCUCAGCAACAACCGGCUGGUCACGGUGCCGCAGGGCGCGCUGGCCGGGCUGCGGGAGCUGCGCUCGCUCUGGCUCAACGACAACGAGCUGGCCACGCUGGCCCGCGGCACCUUCGAGGGGCUGCCGGCGCUGGCGCAGCUGCAGCUCUUCCACAACCCCUUCAACUGCUCCUGCAAGCUCUUCUGGCUCAAGGAGUGGGCGCACGACACCUCGGUGGUGCUCUCCAGGGCCGGCUCCACGCUGUGCGCCGCGCCGGCGCGGCUGCGGGGCCGGCCGGUCACCGACAUCCCCGGCGCGCUCUGCGUGCCGCCCUCGGCCCAGCUCACCUACCUGUCCGGCCCGGCCGCGGCCGGCCCCCGGGACGGGCUGACGCUGACCCUGCACUGCAGCGUGGCCGGCAGCCCCCCGCCGGAGAUCCGCUGGCAGAUCCGCACGGCCAAGCGCCGCGUGGACAUCCACGGGCCCACGGUGGCGCGGGACGGCGGCGCCAAGGCGGGCCGGCAGCGCUUCCUGGCCUUCAAGAACGGCACCAUGGCCAUCCCCGACUUCGGCAAGGAGGACGAGGGCACCUACACCUGCGUGGCGGUCAACGACGUGGGGACAAGGGACGUGUCCGUCAACGUGGCACUGGCCGGCUCGGCCAACCCGGCCGAGGAGCUGCCCCGCGAUGACCCCCAGGCCGGGCACCCCGGCGGGCACAGCUGCGCCAAGGGCGACGAGCUGGACCCGUCCGGCAUGGGCGAGAAGUUGGUCAUCGUCUACCGCGUGGCCGGCCAGGCCCGGAGCGGCGCGGGAGCCCGGGAAUUCCGCCUGGGAAUUCUGCUGCUGGCUCUGGGGCUGCUGCUCUGGUGAAGGGCGAGCGGCGCCUCGGGAUUCCCGAUUUUUCCGUAGUUUUUCCUCUCGUAGUGCCUUUGCUGAGCUUCUGGCAUCCGGGAGUGCUCCGGAGCCCCACGGGGCCACCACAGGGGUGGGUGGUCCAGCCCUUGCCGUUCCCGUUCCUGGAGGAACUCAGGGAACGUGGGGAGGAUCCAGCCCGCAUCCAGCCGGGAUCUGCCAUCAAUUCCUGGCUGUCCCCACUUCCCGCUUUUCUCCCUGCCCAGAUCUGAGGUGACCACAGGAGGUGACAGUGGUGACAAUCCCGCCCCAGAGCCACCACGACUGCCAACGGGGAGGGAUCCGAGGAUAAAAUCCCUGGGAAUGAGGUCCUGGGGGACACAGAAGGGACAGAGGAUUGGUUGGACCCACAGCCUUGGAUUGGGAAGAAAUUCACCGGUUUUAUCCCUGUAGGAGCAUUCCGAGCACCUCCAAGGUCUUGGAAUGCCGCGGGAAUCCCAAAAACCCCCUGACCAUCAUCCCAAAAACCCAUCUGGGCUGGACCCACUAGGCUUGAGCCAAAGAUUCCCAAAGUGUUCCCGGUGGGAAUGGGGAAAAGAUUGGGAACAGCAGAGAAGCUGAGCUGCCUUGAAGCCAUAAACAUUCCCCUAGUGCUCCAGAAUUCCCGGCGGGACAGGUAUUCCUUCUCCAGGUGUCCGGGGAAACCCUCGGGGGAUUUUGGGAAUGUCCAUGGCCCUCGGACUUGGAAACAGCACUGGAAUUCCCAGUGGGAUCUGGGCACACCCUGCCGCCCCCUGGCCUUGUAACGCCCUGUAGGGACAGCAAUAAAUGCCUUUAAUUAAUGCCUUUAAUUAAUGCCUUUAAUUAAGAAAUACCCAUCAUAAACACCUGUAAUAAGGAAACAAUUUUAAUAAAUACCUUGAAUUAAUAAUUACUUUUUUAUAAACACCUUGAAUAA